AUGGCUCCCAUCUGGACUGCGCUCUGGGCGUGGACUCUCGGCCAGGCCGUACUGGCUACACCUCAGUUGGAAGCGCGAGCCACCGGUAGCUUGGAUACUUGGUUGGCAUCAGAGACAACGGUUGCGCGACAGGGGAUCCUCGAUAACAUUGGGGCAAGUGGCGCGUAUGCUGCUAGUGCGAAGCCAGGCAUUGUGAUUGCCAGUCCCAGCCUGGACAACCCGGACUACUACUAUACUUGGACUCGCGACUCAGCUCUGACCUUGAAGGUUCUGAUCGAUCUGUUCAAGAACGGCGACACUGGGUUGCUGGAUCUCAUCGAAGAAUAUAUCAGCGCUCAGGCCUAUCUUCAGACCGUCUCCAACCCGUCAGGCUCUCUUUCUAGUGGCGGCCUGGGUGAACCCAAGUUCAACGUUGAUGAGACCGCCUUCACCGGCGCUUGGGGACGUCCUCAGCGUGAUGGCCCUGCGCUUCGAGCCACUGCUCUGGUUGCAUUCGGACAGUGGUUGCUUAACAAUGGAUACACCACCCAAGCAACGAACAUUGUCUGGCCGAUUGUUCGAAACGAUCUGUCCUACGUGGCGCAGUACUGGAACAACACUGGCUUUGAUCUCUGGGAAGAAAUCAGCGGCUCGUCCUUUUUCACAAUUGCAGUGCAACAUCGUGCUCUUGUAGAAGGCAGCAAGUUCGCCUCCCAGGUUGGCUCCUCUUGCUCUUACUGCGACUCCCAGGCUCCCCAGGUUUUGUGCUUCCUGCAGUCCUUCUGGACCGGAUCCUACACACUGGCCAACUUUGGAAGUAGCCGCACAGGCAAGGAUGCCAAUACGCUCCUUGGUAGCAUUCAUACCUUUGACCCGGAGGCCGGUUGUGAUGACACAACUUUCCAGCCUUGUUCAGCUCGAGCCUUGGCCAAUCACAAAGUGGUGACUGAUUCUUUCCGCUCCAUCUAUACUCUGAACUCGGGUAUCGCUGAAGGGACAGCGGUAUCAGUCGGUCGCUAUCCAGAAGACUCAUACUACAAUGGCAACCCCUGGUAUCUGUGUACCAUGGCGGCAGCCGAGCUUCUUUAUGAUGCUCUCUACCAGUGGAACAAGAUUGGUUCUCUUACUAUCAACAGUGUCUCCCUACCCUUCUUCAAAGACAUGUACAGCUCCGCCGCCACUGGCACCUACUCUUCGUCGAGCGCAACAUACUCAACUAUUGUGAGCGCGGUCAAGACAUAUGCUGAUGGAUACAUGAGCCUCGUGGAAGAGUACGCCAUGACCAACGGCUCCUUGUCCGAGCAAUUCUCCAAGACCAAUGGAUCACCGCUGUCGGCGCGUGAUCUGACCUGGUCAUAUGCUGCUCUCUUGACAGCCAACAUGCGCCGCAACUCGGUCGUUCCAGCUGCCUGGGGAGAGACAUCUGCUAGUAGCGUUCCCGCGACGUGUGUUUCUACCUCGGCCACUGGCACAUACAGCACUGCGACUAACACAGCCUGGCCGACUACAUUGACCAGUGGAUCAGGCACUGCCACGACCACGACCACCAGCACGAGCACAUCUUGCACUACCCCGACAGCCGUGGCAGUAACGUUUGACCUUAUCGCCACUACCACGUAUGGAGAGAACAUCAAGUUAGCCGGGUCUAUCGAUGCCCUUGGUGACUGGGACACCAGCAAAGCGAUUGCCCUGAGUGCCAGCGACUACACCAGUUCUAAUAAUCUCUGGUUUGUCACAGUCAACCUCCCAGCCGGAACUACCUUCCAGUACAAGUACAUCCGGGUUGAGAGUGACGGGACUAUUGAGUGGGAAAGUGACCCGAACCGCUCUUAUACUGUGCCGGCUGCCUGCAGCACGACGGCCGUUACAGAGAAUGACACUUGGAGGUAG